AUGGGUUCUAAUGUUGAGAUUGAGGAUUGUGUCACCAUGGCACAAUUCAAUGAGAUGAAGCAAAGCAUGGAGGCACUAACAGCCAAUGUUCAAGCACUUAUGAAUCGAUUGCCAGAGCCUCCUCCUGAAGAUGCAAAUGCAAGUCACCAUGGAGAAGAAGAUGAAGAAUCCGAAGGAGAAGCUGCUGCUCGCCUUGCAAGAGAACAACGAAGAAGACGGAGAGAUCGUGUUGUUGCAAAUGCAAGAAGACCUCCACAUCCUGGUCGUGGAAAUGGUGGUAGAGGUGCUGAUCGUGGAAGAGAACAUGGACUAGAAGAAAGUGGGACUGACGAAGAGGUUGAACAGCCUCAUCGUGAUGAUCGUCGUCACCGAGGAAAUCGUGGGCGAAAUCAGCCCAAUGAAGAGAGAUUUGGCAAAUUAAAAUUCAUCAUGCCCAAGUUUGAAGGAGGAUCUGAUCCUGAAGUCUAUCUUACAUGGGAGUUGAAGGUGGAUAAAAUCUUUCGUUUGCAUAAUUAUUCUGAGCGGAAGAAAGUUGCCAUGGCUGCUCUAGAGUUUGAUGGCUAUGCUCUAAUCUGGUGGGAGCAAAUGCUAAAUGAAAGAGAAGAAGCUGGCCAAGGCGAUGUGCGUUCAUGGGCUGAAAUGAAGAGAGAAAUGAGGGCAAGAUUUGUCCCUAAACAUUAUCGCCGUGAUCUUUUUGACAAGCUGCAGAAUUUGAAGCAAGGAAGCCUCAGUGUUGAUGAAUAUUAUAAAGAGAUGGAGAAGGCAAUGAUUAGAGCCAAUGUUUAUGAAGAUGAAGAGCAAUCAAUUGCACGUUUUAUGUCAGGACUGCACCGCAACAUUCAGCGUAUUGUUGAAUUUCAGCAGUACCGCAAUCUUAUUGAAUUGGUGCAUCAAGCUAGCAAAGCUGAACGUCAAUUGCAGCAAGACAUGAAGUCCAAUAGAGGAGUGUCUUUCAGCACAAAGAAUGCAGCAAGUGGAAGCAAAUUCACAUCAAGAGGUAGUGGAAAUAGAGGUGCAUUUUCUAGCUCAAGUGGUGGUGCACGAUCUAGCAAUUAUGGUACUUCCAGUGGGAAAGAUUUGGCUGCUCCAAAUGAGAGGAAAAAUGCAGCAAACACAUCAUCUACUUCAGUGGGUUCUUCCACCAAGAGUAGUGGAAUUCAAUGCUUCAAAUGUGGUGGUCGUGGUCAUGUUGCUAGAGAGUGUCCAAACAAUAGAACCAUCGUUGUGAAUGAUCAAGGAGAGUAUGAAUCUACUAGUGAGGAAGAACAAGAAGAUAGUGAAGAGGAGAAUAAUCUUGAGAAGGAUAUCUGUGAAUUUGAAUCUGGUGCUGCUCUUGUUGUAACUCAAAUUUUGAGUGUACAAAUGAGUGAUGCUGAAAAUGGACAGCGGCACAAUCUUUUUCAAACUAGAGCUAAAGUGCAAGAUAAAGUUGUCAAGGUGAUCAUUGAUGGUGGAAGUUGCCACAAUCUUGCUAGCAAAGAAAUGGUUGAAAAGCUUGGUUUGAAGCUGCUAAAACAUCCUCAUCCAUAUCAUGUGCAAUGGCUUAAUAAUUCAGGUUCUAUUAAGAUUGCACAAAGAGUAAAAGUUCCUUUCAAGAUUGGUGAAUAUAUUGACACCAUGGAGUGUGAUGUGGCACCUAUGACAGUGUGUCACAUGCUGUUGGGAAGACCAUGGCAAUAUGAUCGGUCAUCUCUACAUUGUGGUAGAACCAAUCAAUACACCAUCAAGUGGAAGGGCAAGGAGUUGAUUCUUAAACCCAUGACACCGCAGCAAAUUCUAGCUGAGCACUUGCAAAAGAGCUCUGAAGUGAGGAAUGAGAGUGCAAAAGAAGGACAGAAAAAUAAUUUGAGUGCCCUCCACAAAUCGGUGAGUGAGAGCCACAAGCCAAACAUGAGAGACAACAAGAAAAGAGAGUGAGAGAAC